GGCUCCUCCGCACGCCCAACCAGCGCCCGGACAGCAACGCGGCCUGUCAUUUCCCGCCAUCGGGGAGCUCGCCCCAAGCUGCUGAUCGACGUUCGCUUUAUCCGUCCUCGAGGGUGGCUGACUGUUUCUACCUCUGCUCUCUGCAAAAAAAAAUCGUGAAGCUGCUACGCUGCUCCUGCCUGCUCGUCCCUCACGCCUGUCCGCAUUAUCGCCAUGCGUCUCUUCGGUCGCAAGAGCUCUAAGCCCUCCAUCUCCCCCGGAGAGGCCCAUGCCAACCACUCCAAUGGCUCCCUGAAGUCUCCGGGGCCCCAUCCCCAGUCCUCCAACGGCACCAAGACUCCCGUCACCAUGCCCGAUAUUCCUCUCCCCAAAGCCCCCGACCCUGCCCUCGACCCUGCCGCCUACCUCCGCAGCAUCUAUGCCGUCCGCGAGCGCUCCCGCCUGGUCCUCGAGAAGGCCAAAAAGAACCAGCUGAAGCACUUCGCCGUGGACAUGACUAAGUUCCAGGACACAGCCGGCUAUGUGGUCUCCAUCAUCAAGCGGGACUAUGCACCCGACUAUGCUUCAAUUCCUCCCCACGGCCGAUGGCAGCACUUCGAAGUCGGAGGCCGUCCGCGCAUCGACCAGCUUAUGCAAUCAUGGCCCUUGACUGUCGACAAUCAGGAACGCACGCGUCGUCUGAUCGAUCUCUUCCUCGUGUCUGUCCUCCUUGAUGCCGGCGCCGGGACCAAAUGGCAAUACCGGAGCAAAGAAUCGGGAAAGAUCUACCGACGAAGCGAAGGCCUGGCAGUGGCCAGUCUCGAGAUGUUUAAGGCCGGUCUUUUCAGCAGCGAUAAGUCUGAGCCUUGCCAGGUUGACAGUGCUGGCCUGAAAAAAUUAGACGUCAAGGCGAUAGCCCGCGGGCUUCAGGUUACCGAGGAUAACCCCAUUGACGGUCUGCAGGGACGCACAGGUCUCUUGUUGAGGUUGGCCGACGCGCUGCAGAACCAGGAAAUUUUUGGACUGGAAGCUCGACCUGGGAACAUGCUCGACUAUCUGCUCUCACACCCCUCGACACAAGCCUCCUCUGUCCCGAUCAUCCCGCUCCCCACCUUCUGGGACGUGCUGAUGGAUAGCUUGUCUCCUAUCUGGCCGUCCACGCGCACCCAGAUCGACGGCAUUUCUAUUGGUGAUGCUUGGCCGUGUUCGGUCAUGCCGUCACACCCAACACACCCCUGGGAAAACAUUGUGCCAUUCCACAAGCUCACUCAAUGGCUGGCUUAUUCAUUGAUGGUACCCAUGACAAAGCUGCUCCAUGUUCACUUCGCCGGGGCCGAAUUAUUGACUGGCCUUCCAGAGUACCGCAAUGGCGGUCUCCUUAUCGAUACCGGUCUUUUGACCUUGAAGCCUGAGGACGCCAAGCGAGGGCUCCAACAGUAUCAGCGAAACGCCCAGGUAAAGGGACAGCCUAACAUGGAGGUUGUUCCACUCUUCAUGGCAGAGGAUGAUGUGAUUGUGGAGUGGCGCGCAGUCACUGUAGGCUUCUUAGAUGAACUCUUGGCAGAAGUCAAUGCAUUGCUCGGGCUAAGGGGACAUGAAAAACUGAGCUUGGCUCAGAUGCUUGAAGCCGGCAGUUGGAAGGGAGGUCGAGAAAUUGCUGAGGUGUCGCGACCGAACACGAAAGAACCACCCAUCAUGAUAUUGUCCGACGGGACCGUUUUCUAAGAUACCCUUAAGUUCUGUUUUAUUGCCUUCAUUGAUGCCGCGACACGCGGGAACAUCACCGACUCGUGUUCUCCCGCGACCUCGUCUCCUCAGUGAGUGAGAUGGUGUGAUUCAUCAUCGCUUUUGGCGGCUCCUUUUCGUGUUCAUAUUUGUGGCAUGUACUCUGGCAUCUCUUUCUUGCUUAAGAUGGGCUGCAACCUACAUGCCCUUUGAUUCUGUCGACCCCUUGUUUUCUGCUUCUACGGCAUUUGUAAGAAAAUCUGGAUUUCGAGUUAUACAGGGAUUUGGCAUGCGGCCUAGGCUUAAACUGCGUCUGGUGGUCACUGGGAGUUCAUGAAGUCAGUAGUCUAUAAUUCAUAAG